AUGUGCCCGAUCUUUAAGAAUACCGAGAUAAGCCGUGACGAUAUAUGGGAGUUCAUGAAAGAAUUUGCAGAAGAAGAAGACAUCAUGCCACGCCCACAACGAAGUUUAAUUGGAAGUUACUUUGGAAAGAAAAUCCUCCUUGCCACGCCUCUCCUUAAAUGGUACUUGGAGCACGGUCUUGUGGUUACCCGUAUCUAUCAGGUGGUAGAMUAUACGCCCAAGGCCUGCUUCAAACCAUUUGGGGAGGCGGUAUCUGAUGCACGAAGAGCCAGUGACGUGGAUCCCUCUAAAGCCAUCAUUGCUGACACGAUGAAACUGGUCGGAAACUCGAGCUAUGGCAAAACCAUCACGAAUKGUAUUAAGUACAAUCGGCAAAGAAACACAUUAAUUUAA